AUGAUCAGGAGAGAAUGGUUUCUUGCAAGCGGAUUCAUUGACUGCUCCAAAGAAAGCAUCAGCAACGUUUUCACGAAAAAGAGUGCAGGACAAGCUGUGAUUCUCGUCGUGGGUGGAACCGAAGAGGCUCUUUAUGCUCGACCUGGAGUGCAUAAGCUGAAGCUGCUCACUCGAAAAGGGUUCGUGAAGCUGGCUCUCCGUUGUGGCGCUUCGUUGGUUCCUGUUUACACGUUCGGUGAAAACGAUAUCUACAAGCAGUUAGACAACCCUGAGGGCUCGUUAGUGCACAAGUUCCAGGUAUUCAGUGAACGUCUACUAGGAAAGCCUGUAGCAUUGUUCUACGGUAGAGGAUUGUUCCAGAAUAACUUCGGUUUUCUGCCUUUCCGGACACCGGUGGACACCGUCGUUGGUACACCAAUAGACGUUCCAAAGAUUCGGGAACCAACAAAUGAAGAAGUGGAUCGCUUCCAUCGUAAAUACUGCGAAGCUCUUACAGAGCUCUUCGAACAGCACAAAACUAAGUUCGGAGUUUCCGAAGACACAACACAAACUUUAUCCUAG